AUGGCAUCCCCCACUUUAUUCACCGAGAAGACGGUGCCACAAGCACCCGAGGAUCCCCUCUUCGGUCUUAUGGCUGCCUACCGCGCCGACACCUCUGAUAAGAAAGUCGAUCUGGGUAUCGGUGCCUACCGUGACAACAAUGCCAAACCGUGGAUUCUGCCCGUUGUCAAGAAGGCGGACAAGAUCUACACCUCGCAGCUUGAAAGCGGUCAAAUCAACAACGAAUACCUGCCCAUCGCUGGUCUCGCCGAAUUCACAGCGGGUGCUCAAAAGCUGAUACUGGGACCUGAUUCCCCCGCAAUCAAGGAUGGCCGCGUGUGCUCUCUACAGACCGUCUCUGGUACCGGUGCCGUCCAUCUGGGCGGUCUUUUCCUGUCCAAAUUCCUCUCGUCCCCCAAAAUCUACCUCAGUACUCCGACUUGGGCAAACCACCAGCAGAUCUUCGACAAUGUGCACCUCCCUACAGCCACCUACCCCUACUGGUCUGCCUCCACCAAGGGCCUCGACUUCGAUGGCAUGAUUUCUACUCUCAAGAGCGCCGCAGCUAACAGCAUUAUCCUUCUACAUGCUUGCGCACACAACCCUACCGGCGUCGACCCCACGGAGUCACAGUGGAAAGAGAUUGCCACAAUCAUGAAAGAGCGCAAGCUGUUCCCAUUCUUUGAUUGCGCGUAUCAGGGCUUCGCCUCCGGCUCGCUCUCCACUGACAACUUCGCCAUCCGUCAUUUCCUCCUCGAGGGUUUCGAGAUGGUUAUUGCGCAAUCCUUCGCCAAGAACUUCGGUCUCUACGGUCAGCGCGCAGGCGCAUUCCAUUUCGUCGCCUCACCCUCAGCAGAUGCAAAGGACGUCAUAAAGCGUGUGGCCAGCCAACUCGCAAUCUUGCAGCGGUCCGAAAUCAGCAACCCACCCAUCUACGGUGCUCGCAUUGCUAGCAUUGUCUUGAACGACCAAUCCCUCUUUGCGGACUGGGAAGAGGACCUGCGCACCAUGUCCGGACGUAUCAUCGCCAUGCGCAAAGCCCUCAAGAGCGAGCUUGAUCGUCUACAGACACCCGGUACAUGGGACCAUAUCACGAGCCAGAUUGGUAUGUUCAGUUUCACCGGCUUGAGCGAGAAGCAGGUACUGGAGCUGCGGAGCAAGUGGCACGUGUAUCUGACGAAGAAUGGUCGCAUCAGCAUGGCCGGGCUCAAUGAGGGCAACGUCUCCUACUUUGCCCAAGCCGUGGAUGACGUGGUGAGAGGCGCGAAGUGA